AUGGGGCAGAUCAUUUUCUUGUUGCUUGCCAUGACUGGCUUUGAUCAUGCUGUGGUAGUUAUCUUGUUGGAUGUUGCAGCCUAUUGUGUAGUUGCAGUUGAGUCAGUUGGUAGAAAAAUUCUCAUUGCCUUUUUGGAGUGGGUUAAGGAUGAUUUCAACAAGAAAUACGGAGGAGGAAGAGCUACCACUGCUAUUGUUAACAACCUCAACAAGGAGUUUGGGUCCAAACUGAAAGAGCACAUACAGUAUUGUGUGGACCAUCCAGAGGAGAUCAGCAAGCUUGCAAAGGUGAAAGCUCAGGUUUCAGAAGUUAAAGGAGUUAUGAUGGAAAAUAUUGAAAAAGUUCUGACACUCCAAUCAAUUGAUGAUAUAGCUGCCCUUCAGAUUGUGGGGAUGAUACUUUCUCUUUAAUAUUGCAAACAAUAAAGUGUGCUUCCACAGGCUUGGUACAUGAAUGGCCACAACAACAA